AUGAAUAUCAGCUCUCUUUCUUUGGGAAAUCAUGGAGAGGCUUCGAGUAAUUCUAAAAGUGCCAGUCCCGAUUCUUCUCCAUCUCCAGGCUUAGAUCCUUCGUCCCCAACAGGAUCCACUUUAUCGUAUGAUGAGUAUCUGAAAGUUGCCACUGACACAAGUGCAAGCAUUUUGAUGGAGCUGAAUAUGGACGGCCGGGUUCGAUACAUCAGUUCGAUAUGGGAAGAUAUAGUGGGAACCAAGGUUGAUGAUAUAGUGGGUCAGUUUAUUUCUGAUAUUCUUGUUGGCACGGAGCAAGAUCGAUCGGUUUUCAACAGAGCAACCGAUUUGAUGAUACGAGAAGACUGCAGCUACAGGGUGAGAUUUUUGGUAGAAGCAGAGCGUUUCGAAAACGACUCCAAAACGGAUUCGGACAUCACAACCGUUUCUUCCACUCUAGAGCCAAAUGCAAUCGAGCUUGAAGCACAGGGCGUCGUCAUUUCAGAUGCAACAGAAAACAUACCUACACACUCGAUGUGGAUCGUGAAACCGUUUUGUGAAAUUGAAGCAAUGGACAAUCUUCCGCAGGACCUUGUGAAAAGACUAGGGUUCGGUGCCAACAUCUUCUCACAAUUCCUUGCUGAAGUAGAGGGAUCUAUGGUCGUAGACGAGGAAGAUCUUCCAACUCCAAGAAAUGAGCUUUGCCGUGUGUGUGAGUCCCUAAUUCCCGCUUGGUGGCUAGAAACACAUUCAGAGUCGUGCAUCGUGGAACACAAAAUCGAAAGCAUCGUGCAGCUUUACCACGACAAGUUAGCUGAGCGUAAAAACUACCUGGAGGAGAUGUUCAUAUCCCUUGAAGCCGACGAUGGACGGAUUUCUCAAUACAAGGGGCUACCGCUACCAAAACCACAUGAGCGAUCUCAAGCUGUUGAAAAACAGACACCGCCAAAUUUGGAUCACUCAGGAGUGGUGAGCAUUUCCAACAAACCGGCGGAUUAUAACAGCACGAUUACAACCAGGUUUCAAAGUUUACGUUUUCCUUUCAAAGUUUUAGCCUCGUUGAUGACACUCUGUGAAAACGCUAUCAACACAAAUACGAGUGAACUGAAGGAAUUAGUCUAUGAGUAUGACCCAAAAAAUGUUGCAACUCAAUUCUACGAAUUCUCUCCAAGAACGGAGAAAAACAUCCGAAGCGUCAUGGAAUGGCGGCUACAAGAUGAUGUAUCAUGCCCCUCAAUCGAUUUACUGCGAAAAGACACAACCGAUCUCGUAUUGCAUAAAAUAGAAAAUCUCUUCAGACUUGAUAAUGCUCUGAAAUACUCUCUCAAAAUAAAGAAGGAAAUUGACAACUACGUUUUGCAACUUAUCAAAGAAAAGCUCGAUCGCAAUAGGCUCAACAUUAUUCCAGACUCCACAGGUCCCCACUUGCGUUUUCAGGGUUCUCCGAUUAAAAUUUCUGACGCUGACAAAGAAGAAGGGUCGUCUGAUGAACAGAUUGCGUCUCCUCAGCCGCAACGAGCCAAGAGUGAACUUUUUUCGGAGGCUUACGUUGGCACAGACAGAAUUCCCCGGCAGCACGAUGUGCACGAUAGUCAUGAAAAUGCAGAAAAUGAAAAAAGAGAUAGCUUGCGUUCUAUAACACCCAAACAACCUCUUCUUGAUACUAGAGAGAAUCGUUCUGGUUUUGGAAGCGAACAACCUAAGAUAUUUGAAUCUGUUAAUGGAACGCCGAAAUUAAUAUUGCCUGAUUCGAGUGGUAAUCAAAGAUUCAGCGGAUUUCAUGAGUGUACACCUCGGAGAGAUUCUGUCGCGUCCACAGCAGGGCAUAGUACUCCGCUGUCUUCGCUUCAAAAAAACUCUAUUUUUAAACCUCUGAACUCGGCAAGCCUCGACAGAUCCCCAAUAACGUCACCUUUCGCAAUAUCUUCAGAUCGGUUGACACCUGAGCUUCAUUCCGGUCUUUUACCAAAACAGCCUUUAUCACCACUCCUUUUAGCCACUAACCAGGCGAAACCGAGUACACCGAGUAUCAGGGAUUACGAUAUCAUAAAACCCAUCAGCAAAGGAGCUUAUGGAAGCGUGUUCUUGGCCAAGAGGCGUAUAACAGGCGACUACUUCGCAAUAAAGGUGUUGAAAAAAUCUGACAUGAUUGCUAAAAAUCAGGUCACAAACGUGAAGUCGGAGAGAGCAAUUAUGAUGAUACAGAGCAACAAGCCUUAUGUAGCACAGCUUUUUGCGACUUUUCAGAAUCGUGGUAAUUUGUUUCUGGUGAUGGAGUAUUUGAGUGGAGGUGAUUUAGGGACGCUGAUAAAGAUGAUGGGGUGUCUCCCCGACCAAUGGGCAAAGCAGUAUAUCAGUGAAGUGAUUUAUGGCGUGGCUGAUAUGCACCAGAGUGGUAUCAUCCAUCAUGAUUUAAAACCUGACAAUUUGUUAAUAGACCGUCGCGGUCAUCUUAAGUUGACGGAUUUCGGUCUCUCCAGGCUCGGUCUGGUCACAAGGCACCGAGGUGGUAACCAAAAGGAAGUUUCGAGGAAUAGUAGAGAGGGAAGUACCGUGUCAGAAGAUGGGAGUAAUGAAUUUUCAGGUAAAUGGCCUUUCAAAACCGACUCUGCAUCUUCGAAUAAUACUCUAGAUGCAAUCAUAUUUAAGACUGAGCGCUCAAAUUCCAAUUCAAGCUCACAAUCAAUCCUAGAAGUGCCGGCACUUCGUAGAUCGGGGUCACAAUUAUCGUUUUCGAUGGCGGAUUCUCCUGGAGGGGGAUCCCCUCCUCCUUUGAGUUUGCAUAAACGUGCAAGUUCUAAUAUCUCUGAGACCUGGGAUAACGGCAGUCCUACGCCAGAUUACACUUUGUUCAACCCAGAUGAUUCUAGGAAUGACAAGCGCUUUUUCGGGACUCCAGAUUACUUGGCCCCUGAAACGAUAGAAGGUACGGGUGAAACUGAUGCCUGCGACUGGUGGUCUGUAGGAUGCAUGCUUUUUGAGUUCUUCUUUGGGUAUCCCCCAUUUCAUGCUCCAACAGUGGAUCAAGUUUUCAGUAACAUACUCGCUGGGAAAAUAUACUGGCCAGAAUUUGCAGAUGAAGAAACGGAGCUCGAAUUUAUUUCCCCUGAGGCGAAGGAUCUCAUACAAAAGCUUCUAGUCACUAAUCCAGACGAAAGGUUAGGGGCAAAUGACGUUAAGGACAUCUUCCAGCAUCCUUACUUCAAAGACGUCAAAUGGGAAUGCUUGUAUGAAGAAACGGGGUCGUUUGUUCCUGAUGUGGCUCAUCCAGAAAGCACGGACUACUUUGACUUGCGUGGCGCUCAGUUGGAGGAUUUCAGCGAAUCUGAUUCUGAGGAACAGAAAAUUCCAGAAUUAAUGACCGGCGAAGUUGAAAGAGCACAGAAAAGGACUAGCAGUGAGCGUAGCAGUCAAUCAGGAACCCCGGUACACAAACUUACUGUUGGAUCAGUGCUAGAAUCUGCAUCGUGGGACAAUCAUAGCAAUCACAGCUCACCAACGGCUAAGCAGCUGCCUCUAGCGAUCCCUCCUCAUUUAAGAGAUCGUAGAGUGAGCAAGCUCAAUGAACUUCAGACAGAAUUUGGUUCUUUCAAUUUUAGAAACUUGCCUGCACUCGAUAAGGCCAAUAAAGACGUUAUCAACAGGCUCAAGAAUGAACAUCUGGUGGAACAGGGGAUUCAUCAUUACCAUCACCAUCGAGCUUCUAGCGGAUCAAGUUCUUCAUCCGAUUUCUCUAAUAAAGUCAAAUACGCUAAAGCUGGCAGCACAGGUAAUUCUCUUGGCAGCUCCGUUCUAUCAACAAGAUCUUCAGCAUCGCCAAAUGUGCCCAAGAACCAUUCCCCUAGCAGGAGGAAUAGCAUAGAGCUAGCGAUGACCAGUCGGCGCCGUAGUGCUGGCGGGGUCACUGACAGCUCGCCCAACUCUUUAGCUCCUGCUAACGAAGACAUUGACUCACCAUCGCCAGCUUCGCGUUUCAGAUCUCCGCUUUCACCACAGCACACCUCCUCCAAGACAAGGGUUCACUCACAUUGUUCAUCUAAGCGCCCCAGUCUCGAUGAUACUCUCAGCGAAGAAGGCGAAGGUCUUCGGUUACUAUCUCGGGCAAGCAGCUCACAUAGUCGCCGGCACAGUGAUAGCAAAAUCUCAUCAAAUGUGAGCGAGCUAUCGUACAACCUUGACAUCCUUGUUUGUGAGCCUAUUCCGAUACAUCGUUUCAAACUAACUAAAGACCUCGAGAGUCUUGGUUGCUCUGUGAUAAGCGUCUCGAUGGGUGACGAAAUGGUCCGCAGAGCCACGAGUGACGUCAAAUUCGACCUUGUGUUUACCGCUCUCAAGCUUCCAAAGCUGGGUGCAAUCGAUAUUGUCAAAUUAUUGCGCAACACCACUAGUUUCAACAGGACCACCCCGAUUAUUGCUGUAACUGCAUUUUACCAGGAGGCCCAGCAAGCGUGUGUUUUUGAUGAAGUACUUGAACGCCCUGUAAGCAUUCAGCAUUUGCGUUCUCUCCUGCUGGAAUACACUCUUAAGAAAAGUCAAGAAGCCGAUGAAACCAUUGUCAGUGAUGCCGAUCCUUAG